AUACCUGGUGACCCGAUGCCCGCUGUCGAGCCAGACAAUACGGUACCUGAUGACCCGGUGCCCGCUGUCGUGCCAAUUGAGUCAGAGCCCACUGUCGUGCCUGACGACUCGGUGCCCGCAGUGUUGCCAGACGACUCGGUGCCCGCAGCAAGUUGCCAGACGACUCGGUGCCCGCAGUGUUGCCAGACGACUCGGUGCCCGCAGUGUUGCCUGGUGACUCGGUGCCACUGUCGUGCCUGGUGACUCGGUGC